CACACAACUAGUGGCAAGAGAGUUUCCUUCCUGACAAUCGCAGCUGCUUGUUGUGUGCAAGCUAGCUAGCGGUAGCUUGGUUGGAGCAAGAAACUAAGAUUGAAGAGGAAACUAUUUUGCUCCUCUCCAAUCAACUGCUCUGUCUUUUUAAAACAACAGGUCAUAUGUAAUUCGCUUAGAUAAAUUCUUCCCAGCUAUCAAAUGAGUAUAUAAACACUCAUCAAUUCCCUUGACUUUUUUUAAAGGCCUUUUUUUUCUCUGCAAAGGAUGUCAAAACGAUUAAGGAAUAGUGAGGUUUGCGCGGAUUGCAGUGUCCCAGAGCCUCGCUGGGCCUCUGUGAACAGGGGCGUGUUGAUCUGCGACGAGUGCUGUAGUGUUCAUCGGAGUCUGGGAAGACACAGCUCCCAAGUACGUCACCUGACUCACACACCAUGGCCUCCUACACAGCUACAAAUGGUUCAGACGUUAUACAACAACGGUGCAAAUUCGAUAUGGGAGCACUGUCUACUGGACCCGGCGUCGGUGAUGAGUGGGAAACGAAAGGCCAACCCUCAGGACAAAGUGCACCCAAACAAGACAGACUUCAUAAAGGCCAAAUACCAAAUGCUGGCUUUUGUCCACCGGAUGCCUUGUCGAGAUGACGACAGCUUCACAGCCAAGGACUUAAGCAAGCAACUUCACUCCAGUGUCCGCACUGGUAACUUGGAGACAUGUCUGAGGUUACUCUCUCUGGGAGCCCAGGCCAAUUUCUUUCACCCAGAAAAAGGGAAUACGCCGCUGCAUGUGGCUGCCAAGGCAGGGCAGGUGUCUCAGGCGGAGCUGCUGACCGUCUACGGGGCCGACCCCGGAGCUCCCGACACUAACACCAAGACCCCCAUCGACUAUGCAAGGCAAGCUGGCUACCAUGACCUGGCUGAUAGGCUGGUGGAGAUCCAGUAUGAACUUACUGACAGACUGGCAUUCUAUCUCUGUGGGAGAAAGCCUAAUCAUAAAAAUGGCCAUCACUUCAUCGUCCCACAGAUGGCCGACAGGAACAUCAGUUUAGAUUUAUCAGAACUGGCAAAGACGGCAAAGAAGAAACUCCAGUCUCUCAGUAAUCAUUUAUUUGAGGAGCUGGCGAUGGACGUGUAUGACGAGGUGGACCGAAGGGAGACGGAUGCAGUAUGGCUGGCGACGCAGAACCACAGUACCCUGGUGACAGAGACCACAGUGGUGCCUUUCCUUCCUGUGAACCCAGAGUACUCAUCAACACGAAACCAGGGACGGCAAAAGCUUGCGAGAUUCAACGCACAUGAAUUUGCAACUCUUGUCAUCGACAUAUUAAGUGACUCGAAACGUCGACAGCUGGGGAACUCGACCACAAGUCCCAAAGAAAAUGUUGAACUUAUCCUAAAAAGUGUGAGCAGCCGGAGUGGCAGCGAGGGUCUGGACAACGACCAACCAGAUUACGACAGCGUGGCCUCUGACGAGGACACGGAUAAGGAGCCACCCUCGGGCAAGGACCGGACCAAGAGUCUGGACUCGGAACCGUCAGACGGGCCUGUCACGGUGCAGGAGUUCCUGGAGGUGAAGAACGCUCUGUCCGCCUCGGAGGCCAAGAUCCAGCAGCUGAUGAAGGUCAACAGCAACCUGAGCGACGAGCUGCGGCUGAUGCAGAAAAAGCUGCAAUCGCUGCAAAGUGAGAACACGUCUCUCAGGCGGCAGGGCCCAACCACCCAUAUCUAUCAGGUCCCCAUCAACAGCGGGUCAGAGUACACUGACCCUUCUUCCUCCAGCCCCUCGGCCAUGAAGCGCCAGCAGUCAGCGCGUGCAGGUCGGCCCAUGUCCAUGUCUAUUUAUGAGACUGGCUCAGGCCUGAAGCCCUACCUCCCUAAGGGGGACACCCCCUACCCAGAGGAGGGUGUCCCCACCCUGCAACCCUUCCUCCCACCUCAUACGGGAAGGGGCGCUUUUGUGACCUCUUCAUCCCUCCCCUCCUUCCCAUCCACCCUGUCCUGGUCUCGGGACGAAAGUGCUCUAAGGGCCUCCAAGCUGGACAAGCAGAGCAGCAUGCCAGACAGUGACUAUGACAACACAAACAAUGACUAUGAGAUGGAGGACUCUGGCAGUAUGGGCAGGCGGGGGAGGCUGAGGAGCAGUGGUUGGCUGGGGGAGGGCAGCUCCAUCCCUGAGCUGGACGACCUGGGGGCAGAGCCGGACCCAGCGCUUCCCAGCACUGAGGAUGUCAUCCGCAAGACGGAGCAGAUCACCAAGAACAUCCAGGAGCUGCUCCGCGCCGCGCAGGAGAACAAGCACGACAGACCUUGUGAGCGUGUGCGCCGGCUCAGGCACAGUCUGGGCUGUUUCAGCACCCUGGUGCCCUGGGCUGAGAAGGCCCCCUCUCCCCUGCAGCCCCUCAGCCUGUGCUCCCCCGAUCCUGCCGCCUGCUUUAUACCCUGCUCCGAAAGAAUAUAUGUGGCUGUGACGGAGAUGGCCGCUCUCUUUUCCAAGAGACCACGUUCGGAGAUGGUGAGAGGCCCCCUGCGCCUGUUGACGUCCAGCGCCUUCCGGCUCCAGGGUGAGUGUCGGAAGGCAUCGCCCCCCGAGGAAGGCCCAGGGCCCGACAUGCAGCUGGUCACCCAGCAGGUUAUCCAGUGUGCCUAUGACAUUGCCAAAGCUGCCAAGCAGCUCGUCACCAUUACCACCAAGGAGAACAGCAACUGACCAUCAUGACCACCGUCUCAGGCCUUUUAGAUACCCUAAGGCCCUGUAACGUCUCCAUUUUGUUAAUGUAUUGUUCGUCCUUUAACUUUUCUGUUUAAAAAAAUGCAUUGUUUUACUGUGGCAUUUUAAAAAUCAGUGUUGGUGAUAUUUGCAUGUAAUUUUCUAUUUAAAUACAAAUGUACAAAAUGAUAGAGUAUAAAUAUUGGGACAAAAAGACUGAACUACAGCUAUGGGAAAUCAUCCGGAGCUCUACUAACUGGAAGGGAGAAGCUGUUUGUCGUGAGCUACUACAGGAAUCCACAGUACAGCCAAAUACUGACAAGAUGAUUGCGCGUUCCAGGGAGAUCCUUUGUCGCUAAUGUGCAGUUUCCUAACCGCACUUCUUAAUAGUUUUUUGUGGUUCUACAUACUUCUAGAUCCAGUAUUUCUCUCUCACCAACGAAGAAGCCAUGUUUUUUAGCUCCCUAACACCUAUACCAUCCUUCUUACAAAGGCCUUUCAUCCAUUUUGAUGCUCCUUGUCGGAACCAGGGGUCUCAAACUGGCAGCCCCCAGGCCAAAUGCGUCCCGCAAGCAAAUGUAAUGCGGUCCAGUAUAGUAUUCCACAUGGUUAAGGAUGUUGUGAAAGCUAUGAAUAAGCCAUAAAGCCAUUAUCAGUGUCUAACAAACUUUACACACCUUGGAGCUACAUAAUAUCAUUAUACUAUAACCUAACUAUGGAAUUAUAAUGUAUCAUUUUAAUAAAAUUCCAGCAAGCGUAGGAAGGAAUGUUGGGAGGAAUGUAGGGCGAUUUGGAACUGAUGUUGAACCAUUUCUCAUCUGUGCACAUAUUUGUAUCCCUGCAAUGCCAAUGUCUCCCCCGUCCAAGUGUAAUCGCUUUCAUUUCAAAAUGCAUCUACUAGAACUAUCUAUGCCUAUUAUUGCAUUUCAACACUUGUUUGGGGGGAAUAAUGCUCUUUACCAGCAAUGUGUUGUACUUGUAUUGAGUUGUAGUGCUAAAAAAAAAAAAAAAAACUUUUUUUAUAAGCUAAUAUGCUAGACACGGUCUUGUGUGCUAGAACAGUGUUAGUGCUGUGACAGUAGAUAGAUUUGCAGCGCAAAUAAUAAUUUGCCCUCUUCCAUGUGUUUUUGUGCUCCAUUCUGUAAUGCUGCUAGGUUUAUAUGAAAUGUGCAACUAUUUGGAUAGGAUUGUAGAUAUCCCCUGUACAUAUCUCCACUACAAUUCUGCAAGUGGAUGGUCGUCGUCAUCAGCAGAUGGUUCAGAGCUGUGUUAUACUUGAAAUGUGAUCAAGGAAAUGUCCCUCUGUGCUUGACUCUUGUUCUGAAUGGACUUCAAACAGAGGUGUCAGUCAUGCAGUUAUCAUAGCUGCAGUGGGGAAAAAAGCCUUAUUUUUAAAAUAAAUGUAAUUUAUAAUUGUAA